CGGAACCCUGGCGCGGGCGGCGCGGCGGAGCCGGCGGGGUUUGGAGGCGGAGCCGCGGCAUGUGGGGCGCCGGGGGGGAGCCGAUGGCGGGGGCUCUGCAGCAGGCGUCCGGCCUGUACCGGGGGGCGCUGGCGCUGCGCAGCCGGGCCGUGCUGCGGCCCCUGGGCCUGCUCUCCCCGCCGGCCCGGCUGCUGGCGGUGCCGCGGGGCCCAGCCGGGGGGGGCGAGCCCGGCCUGGAGGAGAACCCCUUCUACGGGAGGUACCGGGACAAGAUCCUGGCGCUGCGCAGAUCCAAUCCAGGUGUUUUUGAAUCCCGCAUGGAGAAACGAAGUGAAGUGAAAAAGCAGCCAGUGGGACAUUCCAAGCAAACGGAAUUUAUCAGAUAUAUGGAAGAAAAGGCAGGAGCCUUGGGCACAAAGGCAUCAAAGGAAGGAUUCACAAAAGACAAGACACUUGAUUCAAUACUUAAUGUUGAAAUGGUGAAAGAGAAAACACCAGAGGAAAUAAAACAGAUCUGGAAGCAAUAUUUUUCUGCAAAAGAUACAGUUUAUGCAGUUAUUCCUGCAGAGACGUUCGAUGUAAUAUGGAAGCGGGCCCGGAAUUGUCCGUCGUUUCUGUGUGCUUUGCCAAGGAAAGAAGGCUACGAGUUUUUUGUGGGGCAGUGGUCAGGGACAGAACUGCACUUCACCGCGCUUAUAAACAUUCAGACCCGAGGUGAAACUGCCUCUAGCCAGUUGAUCUUGUACCAUUAUCCUGAACUUCAGAAGGAAAAGGGAAUAGUGCUAAUGACAGCCGAAAUGGACUCCAGUUUCCUGGUAAGAGAAUCCCAUAUUGUUUCCUUAGUGAUCUUCUAAGAUCUGAUAUCUACAGCUAUCCAUUGAAUAAUUAACGUAGGGAAUGGCAGAAAAAUUCCUGAAGUCUGCAGACUGGGUGUCUAGUGAUUUGUAUUUUAUGCCGCAUCUAAUUCCCCCAUGCCCCUCGUUCUUGACGGUAGCAUAAUUCAGAAGGAUAAUUGAGAAAAGUGCAGAAUUUUGGAGUCUCUGUUUCUCUUUUUUAGGGAAGGGGAUUUAAAAAAUAAUAGUAAAAAGUUGGCACUUCCCAGCAAUGUUAAAACAUACUUUUUAAAAUUAACACUGAUGGACAAAUCAGGAGGCCCUUUUUUUAAGCCUGCACUGGAUUUUCUUUGUGCCUUCCCGUACCUCCCCUGAGUGAGGAUGUACUGCCACUUGGAUAGCUCUCAUAGGACAUGUAAUGAGCUUAUGGGACUCAUGUUGCCAAUAACAUGAAUAGCACGCUUACAGAAUGUUUUCUUAGAGGAUGGGCUGUUAAAGGGCGAGAGUUUAAGGUCGUUUCAUGUUAUUUGGAACAAUCUGCCAAAGGAAGUGAUGGAUUCUCCAUCUCAUGAAGUAUUCAGAUCAAUAUUGGACGCCUUUCUGAUAGAUGUACUUUAGUCAAACACAGUUAUUGGAUUCAGUGCUGAGAUAACUGGAUGAAAUUCUAUAGUCUGUGCUAUGCAGGACGUCAGACUAAAUAAUCUAAUGGCCCCUUCUGGUCUUAAAAUCUAUGAAUGUAGAUACCUUAACUCUGCAUUUCCACACAUUUGGCAAAACAAAGUGUGACAUUUUACUGUAAUGCACGUUUUCUUUUCCUCCAAUAUUAGUUGAUUUUCAAUCACCCCAAUGUUCCAUUGUUGGUAAUUUCCAAUUUUAACUCUGUAACCAAAGUUUUGUCUGUGAAUUAUAUUAUAUAUAAGUAUAUUCUAUCUUAAUACUAGAGUGAGGCAAAUACUCAAAAUAAAAACCUUUCAGUGAAUGUUUGUAUGAAUUUUUAAACAAAUUUGUUUCAUCUCUCUGCUUUCUGUAAUGUUUCUAUAAACUAAUUUUACAUCCUCAUUCCACUGUCUUUACUCGUGAACAGGAUCCCCUGCUGCUGUUUAUUUUUUCUUGUAAAUGUCCUCUCUUGAACAUUUCACAAUCUCUUUAUUAGCAUUUUGCUCACUAUACAAACAGGCAACCGUUGUAAGACAUACAGUAUCCACUACACAUAUGACCAGACAGAGAGAUAACCAUCUGUGAUCUCUUGCUAUGAAAGAAACCUGUCGGGUACGCAUCACAUCCUGGUUACCUGCCUUAAGAACAUAAUUUUCAGUAUAGACAUAGAACUCCUUAAAUAUUAUCCGUACAUACAUUUCACAGUGAUUAUGAUAUCCAAUGGGCUACCGGAUCUCGGUAGUGACCUCACGUGACACCCUUUAGUGAAUUAUUAUGCAUACAUCUGACACAGGGUAUCACUGUAAAACUCUGUGUGCCUCGUGUGUCCUCUGUCUGUCUGCAUCAAGAAGUUCCUGGGUCACAAAUGUUCAUAGAAAUAGUUAGUGUGGAAAUUGGAGAAUAUUCAAGGAAAAUGGCUUUUUAAUUCAGAAACCAUGCUGCAGGCAACAAAAAUAAAUAGGGGUAUGGAACGGCUGCCAUAUCAGGAGUGAUUGAGACUGGGACUUUUCAGCUUGGAAAAGAGACG